UGAGUCCCUGAAACCUCUAACUGCUGCCUUGGGUGACAAUUCCUCAAUAUGUGCUGACGUCAACAGAAUCGCUAAGGCCUCCACAGCCAGCAGUUAUCCUACUAACCCCAUACCUCUGUCCUUGCCUGAGAGUGACCAACAGGCCUGGCCAAAAAGCCUUCUGCAAUCUCAGGUCAAGGAUGUGUCUCAUGCUAGGCCUCGGGCCCAGCCUCAAAGCCAAAUUCCAGACCCGCUACCUUCACUGGCCCAGUUCAGGAUCUGUGGGGUGCGUUUACACAGACCCCAGAAUGAAGCACAACCUCUGAUCCCAGAUGAAAUCCACCACAUCGAAUUCAACAUAUUGCAAAAAAUACAGGAAAGUGUAUGGGGCUUACCCACUGUAAUCCAAAGGUCCCAAGAAGACUUCUGUUCUCCACCUCCCAAGCUCCCGUUCAGACCGCCCUUCAGGAUGCAUGUGUCCAGGACCAUCCUUACUGGAGACUUCCCCCUCAACGUGGCGGUCAGGAAGAAACUAGAGCAGCACCUUCGAAAGAGGUUCAUCCAGCAUUUCUGGGGCCUGCACCACGGGAUCCGCCAGUCCCUGUCACUCGUGAAUCCUCAGGAAGAAUAUCCUGGCCCCUCUGUGUCACAGAGCAGCCACGGACUCUCAUGGAUCUCUCUCUUUGAGCCCCAGGCCAGCAAAGGUCUAUCUAACUUUGUACCGAGUCAAUCUGGAAACCUCCGUGAGAGCUUAGGGAGUCUCACUCAUGCGAAGUCAGAGAGUCUCGCUCAUGGGAGGUCAGAGAGACUCGCUCCUGAGAGGUCAGAGAGACUCACUCGUGAGCUCACUCAGUCAGAGAGACCUGCAAGUGAGACGUUAGAGAGUCUUGAUUCAGAGAAGGCUGUGGUCAAGGUACAGACACAUAGUCCCGAGACUGACCCAAAAAAUCAUCUCCAGAGCGACACCAAGGUCACUCCAGAGAACAGUCUACAGUCUGAUUCUGAAGCAGGCCCAGAACAUCAGUUAGAGAUUUUGUCAUGCAAAUGUUCAAAGACUUCACCAAUAAACUCAUGUCAGAAAGAGCGUGAAAUCUUCUCGCAAGUACAUUUGGACAGGAAAAUUAAAGAAAUCAACAAGGGUCAGAUCCCAGGCACUGUGGGCAGAUCAUGGCAUUCUGCCAAAGUGACAUUGCUUCCACCUGAGAAAUUCCCCAGUCAAAUCAAAGACAUGGUGCCAUUGGUUGGAGAGGAAGACCCACUGAAAAACCAACAGAAGAGUUUAAAAAUCAGUCCUAGCAAGGAAAAGAUUUUGGAAGACCACGUUAAAAUCUUUAAUAAGCAGAUGAUAUAUGGUCUUCCCGAUAAAGUUCAGGAAUCCGUACAGUCCUAUAUGACCAAAGGAGACACACAUCGUCCCUCCUCCCAGUCCCACUCACUCUCCUCUGCCAUUUUGGAAGUGGAUCCUGUACAGUGGGCCUCCAACUCCUCUAGCGUUUCUAGAGGAAACCCUAAUGCGUAUAGAAGGGACAAACCGCAAACAACCAGUUUAAUCCCCAUCCCAGAAGUUCCUCUCCCUGCUGCCUCACCUGUCAGGCAAAAAGAGCAGGCAGACCAGGUGCAAUCAGCUUCUGAGAAGAAGGUGCUUAUAGAAGACCUUAGUAGAGUUCAAAAUGGCAGAGAGCCGAUCCAGCAAUGGACACCGAGCACUGUAGACAAUGCCAGCCAGAAACAGCCUGGAUCAUACAAUAGACACAGCUCAGAGACCUCAAGACCACUCAGGCCAACAGAUGAGAGACUGAGUUCCAGCACCAAGGCACAGAGGCCUGAGGGAGAAAGGAUGAAUUCGGAAGAUGAUUCCAUAUCUAAGGGGUUCACAGAGACACUCAAGGGAAAGGAACUUCGUAAUCUUCAACCACAACCGGCUAAGAUCUUGACAACCACCCCCACAGAGAGCUCCUCAGAGAGUCAUGGAACUGUAGAGAAAUCAGAUAGUACCCUGAGAACUGGAAGGCCUCUGAAUGGAACAUCAGUUUCCAAAGAUCCCGAAACACUUGACUCUAAAAGUCAGGUGUCUAGAGGGUUCAUGUUAAAAUCAGAGAAUGGGCAGCAGAUCCAGGCUCUGCGCCCUCAUGACAUGCCCCCUGCCCCAGAAGAAAUGACUUCCAAACUCCAGGGUUCCUUCAGUGGGGACAUGACAGCUUCUCAGGUGCUGCAUGUGCACUUGCCCACUGGAGGGAUCAACAUAGAGCCACGGAAGGGUCCCUGGCUCCCUGAACACAUUUCAUGCAAGAGCCAGAACAAGGCUGCCCCAGCUGCCAAGAUAGUGUGUGCUCCAGCUACCAAGGCAGGCAAACUUGGUGGAGAGGAUGCAGGGUUAGGAACAUCCCAAACUAGAGUGAAGAGACACUCUGUUCAGGACAAGGCAUCAGAGGAAACAUACAGGUGCACAGCCUCUGCAGCCCAGUUGCCUAAGAGGCAGCCUUCUUCUGAAAACCACUUUAAAAACCAGAUGAAGUGCUUUGGGCAGUGGUUUUCUCCUGGAAGAAACACAAAAAACCUAAUUU